AUACAAAGAAGAAUAACUAGAAAAUGUCUCUGGUACCAAUUUUGAUGCACUUGGCCCGUGACUUGGAUGCUGAACAUCGCAGUUUGGAUGAUUGGGAUCGUUUAUUGGACGAUGAUUUUGGAUUUGGUAUUAAUCCCGUGGACAUCUUUCGUCCACGUUUGGCCCAGCUGCAUGGCAGACGCCCAUAUUAUUCGCCUUAUAUGCUAGGUGGUCGACGUCAUCAUCAUCGCCAACACCGAGAUAGAAAUGAGAUGACUAGUGUCAUGCCAACAGUGGGCAGCGAUGGCGGCUUCCAGGUAUGCAUGGAUGUAUCGCAAUUCAAGCCCAGCGAAUUGACUGUAAAAACUGUUGACAACGUGGUAAUUGUAGAGGGAAAGCAUGAAGAGCGUGAAGAUGACCAUGGAAUGAUUCAGCGUCAUUUCAUACGCAAAUAUACUCUGCCUAAGGACUACGAUCCCAAGGACGUUCAGUCGACAAUUUCUUCGGAUGGAGUACUUACUGUAAAGGCUCCACCGCCACCUAAUAAAGCCAUAAAAAAUGAACGUGUUGUUCCGAUUCAGCAAACUGGUCCAGCACAUUUAAAUGUCAAACAACCGGAAGUCGCUCAGGCUAUAAAACAAACCCAAAAUGGAGCUGCAGCUGGAGAAAAGACUUCUGAGGAAAAUAGUGCCAAAUAAA